CAUACGAAGCUUUCUGACAAAGUCAACGAAUUCGCACACGAUGAAGGCGCAGGCAACUGCAGCGCUGGUUGCUGGGCUUCUCGCCUAUGCCACAGCCGCGCAAUCUACUUUGGCUUUGGGAGAGUUAACUUUUGCAGCUCCCCAAUGCUCUGACGGCGGCUCCGGUGUUAAUGUCUCCGACUGCAGCACAGCAAUCUCACAGCUGCUGGCCGCAAACUGCUCUGGGGGAGUAUGCCAUAUCCCAGCAGCAGCCCCCGAUGCCGCAGAGUCGACUAUUUCCCAGCUGGUGGGAAAAUGUGAGGUGGCUAUCGGUACCUUUGCCAAUGGAGAUGCCGUCACGUUCAACCAAGAUUCUGUGGAGAGCGCAUUCCCAGCUUUUAUCAAUGAAUGCUUUGGACAUGCCGGAGGUUUUGGCGCCCCACUUCAACUCACUACUGACGGAAUUCUCCGCCUUAUAUUCUUCAACGGCAUCAUUGGCGGUGGCGGUUAAUGCGGUGACACGAAGGAUAAGAAUGGGUUGACAACUACAGUGAAUGAGGAUAGACG